CAUAUAAUCUUCCUACUGAAUAUACUCAUGUAUUUCAACAAUGGCUGGGUUAUAAUGCAAUCGACGGAAAAGGCGGAGAAAAAUGUAAAAUCAACAGAAAAAACAGCCGUUGAAGGACGAAGAGUAUCACUUCCAUGUCCGCUAUCAACACCGUCCAGAGAAAAAGCUUAUAUGGUAUUGUGGUUUAAAAAUGAUGUAAAAAUUCCAAUUUAUAGCUUUGAUGUGCGUGGUAAGCCACUUCAACUCGCUCGACACUGGUCAGCACCCGAAAUUUUCGGUUCACGUGCCAAAUUCAAUACUGAUGUUGAACCAGCAACGCUUGAUAUUGACGAUAUUAGAAGGCAUGACGAAGGAGUUUAUCGAUGUCGUGUUGACUUUCGUACAGCACAAACGCAAAGCUUUAGAUAUAAUUUAACAGUCAUUAUAUUACCUGAGUAUCCAGUCGUAUUAAAUCGAUGGGGUCGCCAAUUAAACGGAACAACACUCGGCCCAAAAGAGGAGGGCGAUGAUGUUCUAUUAACGUGUCGUGUUGUUGGCGGUCGUCCACCCCCACAAGUAAGAUGGCUCGUUAAUGGCUUAAGCGUAGAUGAGCAAGUUGAACAGCAAACAGGCGAUGUAACAGAAAAUCGUCUUAUGUGGCCUUCCGUUCAAAGGUCUGAUUUAAAUUCAAUAUUUACUUGUCAAGCGACAAACACGCCACUUGUCGAGUCAAGAGAGAGCAGCUAUGUAUUGGAUCUGCAUUUAAAACCCUUAACAGUAGACAUCGUAAAUAAGAGAUUACCAUUAGUAGCAGAUCGAAGGUACGAGAUUCAAUGCGAAAGUGCUGGUUCAAGGCCAAAUGCAAUAAUUACGUGGUACAAAGGAAAGAGACAGCUGAGGAGGACGAAGGACGAAGCUCUGAAUAACGUCACAAAGUCGAUUCUUAACUUUGUACCAACGACAGAUGACGACGGUAAAUCAAUAACAUGCCGUGCUGAAAAUCCAAAAGUUUCGGGCCUCUUUCUCGAGACGACGUGGAAAAUCGAAGUAAUAUAUCCACCACUCGUCAGCCUUCGUCUUGGUUCAACAUUGAUAGUGGACGACAUAAAGGAAGGAGAUGAUUUAUAUAUGGAAUGUCAGAUUCAGGCUAACCCAAAGUUCUCAAAAAUGUAUUGGAUGCAUGAUGGAGUACUGAUAUCACACAAUGCAAGUGCACGUGUAAUACGAUCAAAUCAGAGCUUAGUGCUGCAGAAAAUAACUAGAAAUUCAAGUGGAAAUUAUUCGUGUAGUGCCAUCAAUGCUGAGGGCGAGACUGUUAGCAAUCAAUUGCCAUUGCGUGUUAAAUAUGCACCCGUCUGCACGGUCGAUAAAACGAUUAUUGUCGGUGCAUUUCGUAAUGAAAAUUUAAAUGUGAUAUGUGAUGUGCAUGCUGAUCCACCACCGAGAUCAUUCAGAUGGAAGUUUAAUAGCUCGGGCGAGACGUAUGAGUUGUCGAAGGAUCGACAUUACAGAAAUGGGUCAAGAAGUAAUCUACAGUAUACACCAAUCAUGGAUCAGGACUAUGGCACGCUGACAUGUAUAGGUCAAAAUGAUGUUGGUGAACAAGCAAUUCCAUGUGUGUUUCAAGUGAUUUUGGCAGCCUUACCAUCACCUGUCCGCAACUGCUCAAUUAACAAUCAAACGCAACAUUCACUUGAGAUUCAAUGUUUACCUUCCUAUGACGGUGGACUACCGCAAAUAUUUUUACUUGAAUUGAUAGCAACGAAAAGUGGAAAAUUGAGAUUAAACUUAACAAAUGCGGAUGAGCCCUUAUUCAUUAUCGAAUCAUUGGAUGCCUAUACAUCGUAUGAUACAUACGGAGAUGAUGCUUUAAAAGUAGUAAUAUUCUCUGUCAAUCAGAAAGGACGUAGUCAUGGUGUGGUUGUAAAAGAAUUUUUAUUUGAUAAUAGCAUAGAAAGUAGAGCAGCGAUAACAAAUGCAGCUCUAGAUCUCUCGCCUGUAUUACUAGGUGUAUUAUUUACACUCUUAUUGCUUUGUAGCGUAAUUUUUGCUAAAGUUUAUUGCAAUCGCGCAUCAACGACGAUGAGAGACUUGAAUGGAGACAUGAAACAGAAUAUGAAUAGCAUCAGCUAUAAGCAUGAUGCACAAAAGAAGAAUACUCGAUGGGAGAAUGGAGACGGGAAGACAAAAGAUCUGAAAUCGUCAAUGGAUAUGCAGGAGGAUGAAAAAGAUCCUGAUGUAAUUCCACAUGGGAAAAAGACUGAAAAGACAUUGAAUGCUGUGUCAAAAACAGAUAAUUAUGCAUUAAACAAUGAUGAUGAUACAGUAACAAAUACAGAAUGGACAUGCGGAUCCGUCAAUUCUUAUUACAAUCAGUUCAUGCAUCAAAAUACGCGACUCAAAGAAACAUCGUCACUGUCAACAGAAUCGACACUAAUCGCUUCAACGCCAAAAUCACAAUCGAUAGCAUCAAAUUGUCACAUUGAAGUGACAUCAUCGCUCAGCACAAAUCCAUUUCAGACGUCUAAAGUAAAUGGAGAAAUUUCAUCAAAUACUAUUGAUUAUGAUUUCAAUAUAAAUGCUAUCAAAACUUUACUGAUGACUACAAAAGUUCCCGAAAGCUGCGUGUGAAAAACUUUUUUUAUUCUUUUUCAUAUCUUGAAACUUUUUUUAUUUUCUGAGGUGUACUUACUGUGUAAAUAUUAUAGAACAAGCAUAUAAAUUAUGAAUAGGAAGAAAAUAUGGAAAAAAAUGAAGAAAAACUUUGUCGAUGAAAGAAUGUCAAUUAAAGAAGAUUCUUUUUUAUGUCUGUUUGAAUGACUGAAUGGAAGUUUAUUAUUUUGUGUGGAUAGAGGAAUUAGUGAGCAGCUUUCUUCGACAGUUUCAGCUAUAGAUUAUGUUCAAGUGACUUUUAUACUCAAUUCAAUUAAAAUGAAAUAAAUUAAAUCAUUGUUUAUGGAUACAAGCGACAUUAAGUGGCACCAACUAGAUAGGCACAUCCUGGACCAUAGAUUUCGAUAAAAUACUCAGUCCUCUAGUUAAGCUCGGUGGUAAUCUCCGUGAAAUGAGCAUCUUGAAUUGGAAUCGAGCCCAGACUUUAGGAGAAUCAAAAUGUGUGAAGGGCCGAGCUUUUCAGCUUAGGGCACUGUGAUUCAAUUUGUAAAGAAUCUAUUGUACCCCACCCUUUAGACCUACAGUUUAUAGUGGGAUCCGAACCACUUGCAAGCUCUGCACAUUGCAAAGACACUAGUACGUCAUAAGACAAUGUAUCAUGCAAUGUAUCUAGUCACAAUUCGUGUGCGCAAAAUGCCGUAAGGAAGUCAUCCUGGUGCUAGUAUAUCCUUGUAUACCUAGCAAAGGAAGCACAUUCUGUGUCAAAAACAUCAAUACUACACCCAACACACGAACCAAGCUUUGAAACGAGAACGGUGAAAUGGAAAAAUAGCUUUUAAAACUUGACUUGGCCUGGGAUUGAACCCAGGACUUUUGGUAUGGAAGGCCAACGCUCUACCCUGCUCUACCAUUUAGGCCACUGAAGCCAUUUCACCACCGCUGAUUUUAGGAGAAAUUCCAGUAAUAUAGUAAAUGAUGAAAUUUUCAAAGCAUUUUUCUAGACACACUCAUGACCAAGGCUUAGGAUUAAUUCUGAAAAAACACAAAGAUCCUUAAAAAAUUCCCGAGUCAAUAACCAUGAAAAUGUGAGAUCCUUGAGGCCUUUGAUGAAUAAUUUCGGGAUUUAAAAGCGAUGCUGUUUCCUCGCCUUGCUCACACCUAAAGACUAGGGUGAUCAACGAAAGUAAUUUCAUCGUCAAUGUGCAAUCUUUAUCCUUACCUUCAAUUUAACGAAAUUCAAUCAAAAAGUUUUAAAUCUCUUCGAAAAUUUUAAAUUGACCGUCCCAUUCGUUACAAUCUUUCUUGUCAUAUUUCUCUUUCCUUCAAUAUUUUUUCUCAUUUUUAUAAAUUCUAUGUAUUGAUCUAUACAUGUGUGUAUUAGAAUCUUUUCAAAGAGCUUCAUUUUACGGAAGAAAAGUUUCUAUAGGUUUCAUAACUUUCUCAAUCCUCUUCCUUAUUCAAUUGACGAUGACGACCUUAGGAAAAAUUCAUUUCAUUUUUGCGGUAAAUUUUUCUUAUUGAAAAGUUGUUUUUUACCUUGUUUAAGUUGGGGGUUUUUUGGUUUGAUGCUCGGUUUGGGAGUUGAGUUGGUUUACUUUUGGAAGGUCAGUUGAAAAAUGGACGUUAAGAUUGAAGUGAAUUUAAAUUUAAAACUUACUUUAGAGCAGUAUUGGUCAACCUUUUUAGUGUCACUGCACACCUUGAUGGUAAACCAUAAUCGGGAAUUUCUGAAUGUUUUCUCGGCACACUUGCUGCUUUAGAGGCCACCAUCCCUCUCUAUUUUACUCGAUCUGAUUACCUUAUGCUUCACGAAUUUUGAAUUAUUUCUCACCUCUCAAAUCAUCCCAACUAAUUUGUUCAACCUCCAAUCACUGAAACCUCCAAUCUUAAUCUUAAUAUUCCCUCAUCUGACAAAAAACCUAUCGAAAUCUGAUUUAUUGAGCUGAAAGUAAGCAAAAACUUUUUUAAUGCCAGUCAAAAAAAAAAUCUCUAUCUGCUUUAACCUUUCUGUAAAUAAAGUUGUAAAUAUACUAAAAUAGACUUGGAAAAAGUAAUUUAAAAGUGGAAAGAUCAAAUAUUAUAAAGAUGGCAAUGGGGGAGAAGUUUUAUUCUAGAUUGGAAGAGCAGAACGGAAAUUAUAUGGCGCUUGGCUUGGGCAAAAUGUGUACACAAAAAAAAAUAAUAAUACGAAGAAAAGCAAAGUUUUCUUGCUGACUUUAACGUUUUUUUCUCUCUUCCUCCUGUAAAUAACGACUUUUGUGAGGUACAAAAAAAAAUAAAUUUUUGAUAGGUAGAAUUUGCGUUGAAUGAAAAUUGUUGCCUUCUUCAUCUUAAGUUUGUGUUUACUUUGACUUUGCAGUCAGGAAAGAAGGCAAAAAAUAGUUUACCGCAUCCUCUGAUUUAUUUUCUCCUGCUUUUUCCUUGUUUAACUUUCUUGAUGGAGUUUCUGAAGACUUUACUUGUUUUAAUAAGUUUGUAGUUGUAAUUGAAAAUUGAUUUACAUUAGCAACUUUUUUUUUGAAAUUGGAAUUAAAAUUUAAACUAGUAACGCGGUGGUUACUCGUGACCGACGGAAGUGCACUUCUCCUGCACAGAAUUCGAUCACAAAGUUAAAUUUUUAGCCAAUAAACAUGAAAACCUGAAAUUCCUUUUAAAUCCCGAAAUUAUUUAUCAAAUGCAUCAGGGAUUUUAAAGGGAUUUCACAUUUCCUUGUUUAUUGGUUCAAGAAUUUUUUUUAGGAUUUUUGGGAUUUUUCACGAUUAAUCCUGAGUUUCCACGCCUUGACUAAAAAGUAUUUUGAGACUCAAGAGCAAUAAGGUUGCAAUAAUAUGAAAAGGUUAAGUAAGGUUUUUAUGCCAUCUGAAAUAGUUUAAAUACUUUUCACAUGGCUUUUCCUUGCGAGUAAUAAAUAAAAUAAUAAUAAUAAUAAUAAUAAUGAAGCGAAUGGUUCGAUUCUUUCUUGAGAUUAACCAGCUUCAAUGUGAGAAUUUUUUACAAUUUUAUACAAACUUUUUGUAAAAUUGAAAAAAGUCUCAAAAUCAAAUUUGUUCUAGUUUUAUGAACAAUAAAACUCAUUUUCGCACAAAUUAACCAAAUACUAUUCACAACAACAUACAAACGAGCUAUAUAAUUAAUGAUAUCUUUUAUUGCCAGAGGAAGCAGUAUGUCUAAAUCAAUGCAUAAAUUAUACAAAUAUUUAUAGAAAUUAUCUUGAAAAUCGAGUCUCAAUUCUAAGAAUGAAUAAAAAUAGAAGCAAAUUUUUUUGAUUUUAACGCUUUACUUACAAGUUUUUUUCUUCGUUUCCAUUUUGGAGGUGUGGCAUGCGUUCAUCUUCAUAGUCAUAAGAGUGGAUUUUUAGGAGAAAGACAGGAAUGGCAAUCAAGUUGAUGACGUUUUAUAGUUUUUGCAAUUUUGGCGCCAAAAUGUAGGUUUAUAAGCACGUGCAAUUGAACUUAAAAAUUUCACUAAAGAUGAAAAUCAAGCUAAUCCUAAGAGCUUUUUGUUCAAAGUCAUUUGAUCAAAUUUCCAACUCUGAAAAGCCAUACAUGACACAAACAUCCAAAUCUAAGCAUCUUCAACAGGUGAAUGAACUUCAGCAAUAAAAAAUCUUUGUCAAUUUUCAUAUUUUAAGUGUGGAUUCAUUUUCAGGAGAUUAUAAACAUUUUAUUUGGAAUUAUGUUAAUAUUUUUUUUAUUGAUUAUUAGUUGCCAAUUUCUAUUGUUGCUCCCUGGCGAUGAAAAACUAUUCUUAUGCAAUAAAUAUCUGAUUUUUUUAACGAAUUUUUGAUUGGGAAUUCUUCAUCAUGUGAUUUGAGUUUUUUUUCGGGUUUUUAAAAGAAUGUGCGUAGGUUAAGCGACUGAUUUGGUUAAAAUAACUGAUUAAUUAGAUUUUGAUCAUCUUUGACAACUUUUUGAUCAUUUUUGACAAUUUUUUGAUCAUAUUUGAUCAUUUUUGAUAAUUUUUGGUCAUUUUUUGCAGAUAGUUUAAAUUCAAGAAUUGUGACCGUUAAAGUUUCUUAGUAAACUUUAAAAAAUUGCUUAUUUGUCUGUCUGUCAUGCAAAAUUCGAUAUUCUUAGCUCCUUUUUCAAAAAUUUCGAAAUUCCUAGACAUUGGAAAGGUUUUCGAAAUUGAAUUUCCAUCAUCUGGUUUUUUGAUAAUUUUUGAUCAUUUUGAUCAGUUCCGCACUAUUGGUACAACUAUAAAAGUUUAAAUUCGUUCGAAAAUGAUUUAUUUGCUUAUAAACCACUCACUGAGCUCAAUUUAUGUCAAAUUUUAUGAAAUUUUGAAACUACAAAUUCAAAAGUAUUAAGUAUAAAGUCAACUCUAUCUUAUCGACCUUCAUUUGAUAGAAACGAACUUAUUCUCAAUUUCUCAUGGAAGUAAAGUGCAAACACAUAUAUUUAUUUUUUGAAAAUUUUCUUUUCAUUUCAAAUGAAAAAUUUCAAGACUUGAAACUUGUUCUUCCAUUUUGACUCUUUUGAAUUGAACUACGAUGGCAUACGUGUAGGAAUUCGAUACAUUUACGACUGAAUAUGAGCUGAAGAAGAAAAGCUUCACUUUCUCCACUUUAAAUUGAAUUUGUUUUUCUCUUCUUUAUUUAGUGAAAAAUUUUCUUCAUGAAUGAGUUUGAAAUGAAUCGUUUGCAUGCGACUUCAAUAUUGUAUUACGAAUUGGAAUUUCUUCUUUCAUUUAAACUUUAUUGAGUGAGUCUGGAAAAAAUGUCUUGAAUGAAUGUGGA